UACGAAUGCCCGCGUUCCGCGGUGCACUGUACAUUCCUCUGAGCUUUCUCUUCCAUUUUCUUCGGGAGAAAUUGGAAGGAGAGGAAGGAAAAAACUGGGAACAAAAGCAUUUGUGCUGCGUUGUCCUCCAAAAUGAUGGCUUUUUGCGAUGAUCAGGGAAUGCUGCCUGCCCUGGGAUAUUAAGGCUGCGACGAUGAGCUGCUUCUCAUGCUUCUCAUCAUCGAAUGGACGAAAAUUAUCGAAGAAGUUAGCCGGCGGGAAACAGGAUCUGCUCUCAGCCUCUCAUCCACACAAAGAGCCUUCCACACAGCCUCCAUCACAACCAUUGCAACGGCGACACAAUGAACAUCCUAAAAAAUCACAACCAGAAGCUAAAGACAACAAGCCCGUCGUCGACGGAGGCAACAACAUCGCAGCUCAUACAUUCAGUUACAGGGAACUGGCGACGGCAACCAAGAAUUUCCGGCAAGAGUAUCUCCUCGGUGAGGGUGGAUUCGGACGCGUUUACAGAGGCUACCUCGAGAAAACGAGCCAGAUGAUCGCCGUGAAGCAGCUCGAUCGUAACGGCCUGCAAGGAAACCGAGAAUUCCUCGUCGAAGUCCUGAUGCUGAGCCUUUUGCACCACCCGAAUCUCGUCAACCUGAUCGGAUACUGCGCUGAUGGCGAGCAGAGACUCUUGGUGUACGAGUACAUGUCGCUCGGUUCUCUCGAAGACCAUCUUCUCGACCUUUCGCCGAAGCGAACUCCGCUGCCGUGGAAUGUUAGGAUGAAAAUCGCGCUGCACGCGGCAAAAGGCUUAGAGUAUCUACACGACAAAGCCAAUCCACCGGUCAUCUACCGCGACUUGAAGUCAUCAAACAUAUUGCUCGACAACGAGUACAACGCGAAGCUCUCUGAUUUCGGCCUGGCCAAGCUCGGCCCCGUCGGAGAUAAAUCGCACGUGUCGACAAGAGUCAUGGGAACUUACGGCUACUGCGCCCCCGAGUACCAACGAACGGGCCAGCUCACCGUAAAAUCGGACGUAUACAGCUUUGGCGUCGUCCUUCUAGAACUCAUCACGGGGAGACGGUCGAUCGACAGCAGAAGAUCCCACGAGGAACACAAUCUCGUCCUAUGGGCCGAGCCGAUAUUCGGGGACCCGAACAGAUACCACGAGCUGGCAGACCCGUUGCUCCGAGGCGACUACCCGAGGAAGAGCUUCAACCAGGCGGUUGCUAUCGCAGCGAUGUGUUUGCAAGAAGAUGCGUCGAUCCGGCCAUUUAUUAGCGACGUGGUGACAGCGUUGAGCUGCCUACCGAUGCAGAACGAGGGAGAAUCUCCGCCAGCGGCGACGUCGGAGAUGAUGCCGGAGAGUUCGGAAAAGCAGCGGCGGACGGAGAUGUCGGCCAAGGACAGGGAACAAGCCGUGGCAGAAGCCAUAGCAUGGGGGAGGAACAAAAGUGUACAUUAACAGAGUAUGUCUUUGUUGUUUGUUAUAUAUAUAUAUAUAUAGAUAUAUAUAUAUAUAUGUAUGUGUUUGUUGUUGCCUUUGGUUGUGAUUUUCUGCCUAUA